CUGGAGCAUCGCCAAAGCUUCUCGGGAACGCUGCCACAGUUGAGAGGGACGACGAAAGAGCGAGGGAGCAGAGAGGAGAGGAAAAAGCCAUGCCUGGAGUGGAGAGACUUGGCAGGGCUUCCGCUCCUUUGUCUGUCUGGCUCAAGGCUGCAGCGCCAGAGGAAAUCAAAAAAUGUCCAGGCAUAGUCGUGGUGGUGGUGGUGGAUGGGGACAAGCUCUGCCUCGCCUCCGAAAAAGACGAGAGAGAAAAAGUACUUCCAAACGGACUGAAAACUGCUGCGGAAAGGGCUAUUGGAAAUUAAAAAGAACAAAACAAAACAAAACAAGCGAUUUUCUCUUUUUAAAUGAAAUUCUGCAUUGGAGCGAUUGGACCCGACCAGGUUUCGGAGACUAAAGUGUAACGUGACCACAAUAUCUCAUGAGCUGACCUGCAAUUUUAAUGGUAUCAAAAAGAGAAUACUGUAUUUGUACUUUUCGGAGAGCAAAACAACAUGUCUGAACUGGACAAGGACGGAUGUUUGACUUCUGACGAGUCCACCAGUAGCCAGAGGAAGGCCAAGCCUGCGCCAUACAAGAGCCAAACACGAUGUGAACGGCAACAAGACUGUUCCACCUUUCCCAGAGGGGACGGAGAUGGCCAUGUUUGGCAUGGGCUGUUUCUGGGGAGCGGAGAGGAAGUUUUGGAGACAAAAAGGGGUUUAUUCCACCCAGGUGGGCUACUCCGGAGGAUACACACCCAACCCCACCUACAACGAAGUCUGCACAGGUAAGACAGGCCACACUGAGGUGGUGAGAGUUGUCUUCCAUCCAGACCAGAUCAGCUUCCCCAACCUGCUCAAAGUCUUCUGGGAAAGCCACAACCCGACUCAAGGGAUGCGUCAGGGGAACGACGUUGGGACAACGUACCGCUCUGCCAUCUACACCUACACAGAGCAGCACCUCGAGGAAGCUCUGGCCUCCAAAGAUCAAUACCAGAAGGUUCUAACAGAGGAAGGUUUCGGUCCGAUUACAACAGAGAUAGCCGAAGCCAAGCCGUUCUAUUACGCUGAGGAUUACCACCAACAGUACCUGAGCAAAAACCCUGAUGGUUACUGUGGCCUGGGAGGGACAGGCGUCUCCUGUCCAAUAGGAAUCAAGACGAAGGCUUAGAUAUCCAGCGACAGCCAAGAACUGAGAGAGGGUGCAACGAUGGAGUUAUCUUUAACCUUUAAAAUGCUCGGGGAUACAAAACGCUUUGGGUUUUAAAUGUAAUUGUAUCUUUUAAUGUGCAUUAAGGUUCCCGUCAUUGUCAAACGGCCUCACACCUGUGGACUUUGAAUGAACUUUUAAUGCUAAUAUUUCUCAGAAUUAAGUCGACAUUUCCCAUAAAAGCAACUGCUGAAUCUCCCUGAAAAUAACAAACAACUUUACACUAGUACACCACUGAUUUCACUAUCUGUUGUUUAAGAAAUGUGAUGGUUGUAGCUCAGUUUGUGAUACAGGAAUGACAACCCGGUAAACUGCAGUUUAGAGGCUCAGUCUUCUCAGCUCUUUGCAAUUGGUAAUUAUACCUGAAAAAGUAUGUAUACUAAUUGUAUUAUAAAAGUGAUGCAACACGUCACAUCCUUUCGGAUGUGGUACAGUUUCAUAUGGUGUAUUUGUAUGAAACUGUGUAUAACUUAAUGCACACCUGACACUCAUUUUUAUAAAUGAAAGAUUCUCCCAAUUUGAGCAAAGCACUUGUUUAUCAGCUAUUUUGAAUUGUGGCAGCAGAUGAAAAUAAUGUUUUUUUGCUUCAUAAAUGAUGAUGAUGAUUAAUGAGGAUGCUACUUUUAAACUGAUGUAGAGGAAUAAAACGAAAUGCUUCUGAAAUAAGAA